AUCACAAAGCAAAGCAAAAGCCUAGUCGUCUCAUACUCUUCUUGUUCAGUUCUUCUCCUCCCAAAUCUUUCUGCUAUAAAAGGCAUUCGGGUCUCUCUCUCCGAAUCCCAGCUGCACCCUUGCAUCUUCUCUCUCUCUCUCUUCUUCUUCUUCUUCUUCUCCAUAUCUCCUACUCCUCGUGAAGAUCGAUCGACCAUCGGCAAUUUCAUUCGGUAAUAGUUAAGCUAAGAUCAAAUCAAGAUUGGCGAAACGAUGGAGAUGGUGCUGCAGAGGACGAGCCACCACCCGGUGCCCGGGGAGCAGCAGGAGGCGGCGGCGGAGCUGUCGUCGGCUGAGCUCCGGCGAGGGCCGUGGACCGUCGAUGAGGACCUCACCCUCAUCAAUUACAUCUCUGAUCACGGCGAGGGCCGCUGGAACGCACUCGCACGCGCCGCCGGUCUGAAGAGGACUGGGAAGAGCUGCCGGCUCCGGUGGCUGAACUAUCUCCGGCCGGAUGUGAAGCGCGGCAACUUCACCGCAGAGGAGCAGCUGCUCAUCCUCGACCUCCACUCCCGAUGGGGCAACCGAUGGUCCAAGAUAGCACAACAUUUGCCUGGGAGGACCGACAACGAGAUCAAGAACUACUGGAGGACCAGAGUGCAAAAGCAUGCCAAGCAACUCAAUUGUGAUGUCAACAGCAAGAGGUUCAAGGAUGCCAUGAAGUACCUAUGGAUGCCUCGCCUUGCCGAGCGCAUCCAUGCCAGGGCUGGCGCUGUUGAUGAUAGCGGAGACUACAGCAACAACGACUUAUCAUGUGUAUCUGGUGUAACAAUGGCCACUGUUGCUAAUUGUUUUGAUGGCUCUCCGAGCAUGGUGACUAGCUCAUCUUCCGAUUCGUUCACGUCGGAGUCACAAGAUUUGAAGAAGAUUAACUUACAUGUGCAUGGUGAUGAUGAGAAGAUGAACUCUGAAGACUGGAUGCAGGAGGUGGACCAUGAGUUUUGGUCUACAGAGAUUCAGCCUAAUAAUGAACAGUUUCAGGACCAACAGCUUAACGGUUGGGUGCAAGGUUUUUCUGAGGGUUUGUCCGAAACUCUAUGGAGUCUAGAGGACAUAUGGAAGAUGCAAUAAAUUUUACAUUUACAAAGGACAUAUUUGUAAAAUAGAAUAGAGAGACAUCAAGGAAGGCAAAGAGAAAAAGUUCUUUAGUCAUAUACUGUACGUUGAGACACUUAAGUUCUUUGCCAACUUCAAUGUUUUUUUUCUUUUAUUUUUGCUGCCUCUUUCGAUCCCUGAAGGGGUUUUUGCCUUCUAGAUGUCUAGGGGUUCAAAGAGGACCAGAGGAGAUAUAUAUGUGUUUGGAUAUGUUGAUAUAUGAGCUGAUAUAUGCCUUACUAUAUAUAUACUCCAGAAUUGCACUGAGGAUUACAUAUCCAAUUCAGACAUGCAAA